AUGAUGUGCAUGAGUUUAAAGGGAUUACUGAAAUGGAGGAUGUUCCUAACCACUCUGGCAACCCUGCCGCAGCUCUGCAGUAAGAGGAUUGAGAGGAUGGAGGUCACGGCUUGUUCUGUCAGCAGAACUCUUCUUCAUGACCUGCAGCUUAUUUACAUUAAACUCAUGUACAUCAACUUAAAGGAGAAAAUAUUACAGAAGGGUUUUGGGAGACUUUUACAGGACGCCAUGUUUUCAUUGUUUUCUAAACUGAAAGAGCGUGUGGAUUCCUUCCUGAACCAGAAGAACUUUGUAACUGAUUUCCUCAACAAAAUUGAAGAGAAGACUGGAAUCAAGAAGCGUUUACUUGUAACAGGAGCUGCUUCUACAGCAGGACUGUAUUUGAUGGUCGGAUAUGGAGCCUCUCUGAUCUGCAAUUUGAUUGGCUUUGUUUAUCCUGCAUACUACUCCAUUAAAGCGAUUGAGAGUCCAAAUAAAGACGACGACACCCUGUGGCUCACCUACUGGGUGGUGUAUGGAUUCUUUGGUGUAGGAGAAUUCUUCUUGGACAUCUUCCUGUCCUGGGUUCCCUUCUACUAUUUGUGCAAAUGCCUGUUCUUGUUAUGGUGCAUGGCUCCGGUACCCUGGAACGGCUCUCGGCUGUUGUAUACGCGUUUGGUGCGACCACUUUUCCUCAGACACGAGUCCAGUGUGGACAGCAUGGUCUGCGAUCUGAGCGGGACGGCCAUAUCAGCUGCAGAAACUGUAACGAGAGAAGUUCUUCAGACUCUGGUGAGAAACAGGACUAUUCACCCAGCGGAGCCAGAGGCCAAACAGCUCCCAGGUCCAUCUAAUGAACCCAAAGUCGACUAAAUGUCUUCCACUUCCAGACUCUCAGAGGACAGAGCAAGGUCGCCUGGAUGUCAGAAGACCUCAUUAUAAUGAGAGGUUUAUAUGAAGUGUGAAUAUAACUAAAGGAAACAGAAGAGCAGUUGAGAACUGGGUGGAAUAGAUUUCAACCCUGCGGUUCUUGUUGUAGUUCAUGUGUAAUGUUCUGAUUGUCAUGAUUUAGUCAUUAUGCAGCAGGUAGAAUGUGGGUUUUGUUGUUUUAUCAAUUUGAAAACUUUUUUUAAUAAAACUUCAAUUAAUUUGCUUUGUUUAAUGUGGCAAAAUGGGACACUUCCGCUUUGU